CACAGUCUGUGUCCUGCUUGUAUGUAGCGACAGCCCUGGUUGGAUAGGGGCAGAUGUGUUGUUCUGAAGAUGUGUUGUUCUGAACAUUUUAAUUGUGAUAAAAACAGACGAACAAUAAUCAAAGGGAGCCGAAGAGCAGAAAUUGCAAUGCUGAAAACCUAAGCUAUCAAGUUUCGUUGUGAUUGUAGUAACGCAUUUUGCGAUGAUCCCUAAUGUACAAAACAUUGGCGCGGGAAUCGCCCUUCACUGUUUUCAGUAACAACUAGACAGCUAUCAAGUCAGGAAAAAGGUUUAGUGUAUCAUUAGUGAUGAUGCGCAAGAAGAAGCGUUCCUCUGUGGGCCAGGGUGACAGCUCAGCGAUUGAUGCCGGACCAAAAACAAAGAAGGGUCGGACCGGUGGGCGCUCCAAGUCUGUUGUGCAGGUGGCUCCUGACGAGUCUGUAUUUGUGCAAUUCUUGCGGGAGGCUGGUGUCACCCUAAAACAAGACACAACGUCUAAUGAGAUAGCUGUGGACCAAGUCGUCUUCCAAAAGCGUUUACAGCAAAGCCUGAAAAAGAAUCCCAGAUAUCCCGGCAUUAUUCAAGAGUUUAUCACUGGUCUGGAAUCUCACAUUGAAGAUCCGCAAAGUUUUAGGAAUUGUCUUCUCCCUUGUGUUCCACAUCUACAUGAUGAGGAUUCUAAUUCAGUAUCAUAUCAGGAGAGUCUAAUGCGGCUGGUGCUCGGCAUCGAGAUGCUACAGAUCCCAGUCAUAAAUAUAUUGUUUGAGAAAUUGCCUGAGUUCAUGUUUGAUGGUGUCGGUGAAGAUGGGCUUAAUGUCCCGCGAGUCAUCAUGAACCAGCUCAAGUGGUUAGACAGAGUCAUAGAUAGCAAGGAUUUGGCAAGCAAGCUCAUGCAGCUUGUCUCCGUGGCCUCCCUGGAGGUACAGCGUGAUGUCAUCACUAGUCUGCCAGAGAUACUGGAGGACUCCCAGCACGGUGACAUCGCCAGGGAGCUUAACUCUCUGCUGAAGGAGAACACCCAGCUGACGGUCCCUGUCCUGGAUGCCCUGUCCAGUCUGAACCUAAGCCCUACCCUCCUGGCUGAGGUACGAGGGGCUGUGAUGACCACCCUCUCUGCUGUGCAGUUGGAGGACCUUCCAGUGGUGGUGAAAUUCAUCCUGCAUUCCAUCUCUGCCACUGCUGCUGUUGAGGUUGUUACAGAACUACGUAAGAAGCUGGAGCUGGAGCUAGAGAUGCCCCCAGUGCUGCAGUCCUCCCAAAGCCGCCCCAAGAUCAAGGGUGCAACAUGCACCUCCAGCCUCCCAGCAGCCAGCAGCAGCCAGGACAGCGUGUCCCUGGUGCUGGAUGCCAUCAAGUCGGCUGUGAGGUUCCAGAAAGUCAUAGCCGAAGCCUGGCUCAAAGCAGUGGAAAAUGUAGAGGAAGUUGAAGACCACAAGGUCAUUGAUCUCCUGGUGCUGUUUAUCUUACACUCCACCAAUGCCAACCACAGCCGCCGUGGGGCGGAGCGAGUGCUCAAGGUCAAAGUUCGAGGAGCCCUGAUCCAGGAAGCUCUACUCCAGAAGACCUUCAGAGGUCACGGGCAGGUCAUGCGAGGAUACUUCCCCUCCAUCUUGGCUCUGGCCCAGAGUCUGGUGCGCUCCACAGAUUCCUGCAUGGUGCCGUUUGGUGGGCAUCUGUACAAGCAGGCCUUUACCACCUUCGACUCCUACUGCCAACAGGAAGUGGUGGCCUCGCUGGUGACGCACGUGUGCAGCGGUCUGGAUGCCGAGGUGGACGUGGCUCUGGAGCUCUUGUGUGAGCUGGUGGCCCACAGGCCCAAGGAGAUGGCCCUCUACGGAGUGUUUAUCAAGGGGAUCCUGGACUACAUGGACAAUCUGAGUCCCCAGCAGAUUCGCCGUCUCUUCCAGCUGUUGAGUGGAGUGGCCUUCGGGGCGGAGCAGCAGGGCGGCCACAUCCAGGAUGACAUGCACAUAGUGAUCCGCAAGCAGCUGUCCAGCAUGGCGCUGAAGUACAAGCGCAUUGGCAUCAUCGGGGCCGUGAUGGUGGUGGGCAGCAUGGGCGCCCGCAGAAACAACCCUGAGAACACCCAGGGUGGCACGCUGCCCAAAGAGACGCAGAGACAGGUGAUCAACCUGCUGGAGCUGGUGCGCUCCUGCAGCGAGGGCUCUCCCGAGGCAGCUGCUCUCUACUAUGAUGAACUGGCCAAGCUGGUGCUGACGGGCAAACUAGACCCACUUAUUCAGGCCUGGAUUGGAAAGAGCGUUCUGGAGGACUUUCAGGAAGACUUUGUGGUGGACCUUGGCCCAGAGAUCCCAGGCGGUUUCCCCCUGCCGGCCUCGGUCAUGUACAACCUGGACGAGGAGGAGAGUCAGGGAGGCAUCGCCGUCAACCUGCUCCCCCUGCUGGCCCGGGACCUCAGCCACAAGGCUGACAAGAGGAGCCAAGUCAAUGACACUGCUGGCAAACGGCUUGUGUCUCCCUUGUGUCUGGCCCCUUUCUUCCGUCUGCUGAGGCUGUGUGAGGAGGUGCAGCAUCAGGGGGACCUGGAAGAGAUUGAUGCCCUUUUGGGCUGCCCUAUGAUCCUGACAGACAUGGAUGUGGUGGAGAAACUGGAGAGCCUCUCCCAGACGGAGCGAGAGUUUGUGUGCUCCCUGCUCUUCUACACCAUCAACUGGUUCAGAGAGGUGGUGAACGCGUUCUGCCAGCAGAAGGACCCGGAAAUGAAGAUGAAGGUGGUGACUCGUCUUCAGAACAUCACCUACCUGCAGAGCCUGCUGGAGAGGAGCCUUGCGGUGACGCCUGGCUUCAUGCCUCCGCUGGCCAAUUUUGACAGUGACAGCACAGCGAUAGCGGCCCCAGCAUCCUCCGCAGCUCCGGCUAAGAAGGCCAAGAAAGAUUCUACCGGGAAGAAGAAGAGGAAGACUCCGGCAAGCAAGAACUCCUCAGGAGACAGCUCUGUGCUGGAGGAGGCGGCCGAGGCGGAGGAGACGCAGCAGGAGCCUGCAGAGAAGGAGAAGGAGAAGGAGAAGGAGAAGGAGAGAGCAGGCAUCAGUCUGUCCGCUUACCGUCCGUUCUUCAGGGAGCUGGACAUGGAGGCGCUGGGCGUGCUGGAGUGUGGCCUGCUCUCCCGCACUCUGCUGGACAGCGAGCUCCACAGCAGGGUGCGCGAGGAGGUGCAACUGGGCCCCGCAGAGUUGCUCUUCCUGCUGGAGGACCUGUGGCGCAAGCUGGACUUCAGCCUGGCCCCCGCGAAGAAGGCUCCCUUCCUCAAGGUCAAGGCCGACAGGACGCUGGGCUUCUCCCACCUGCAGCAGAAGCGUCCUCAGGAGGUGGCCCACCACGGCCUGCUGCUCCUGCCCAUCCUCUGCACACACCUGGAGAACUGCCACAACCACUUUCAGGCUGUGCUGUCAAAGAACCUGGGUGUGGUGGAUGCACUGGGGGUGGACCUGAAGGAGCAGCAGCUUAUGUCCUCAGCCUACCAGCUGCUGCUGCAGGUGCUGCUGUGUAUGUUCAGCUGGUCGGGUUUUGGGCAGCAGGAGCACAGGGCGCUGCUGAAGAGCAUGCUGGGAGUUCUGGCCUCCAAGCUUAAAGAGGGGGAGGCGGAGAUAAGCAUGGAGCAGCUGGUCAGACACAGCUUUGAGUACCUGCUGAACUUCCGCGGCAGCGUCCCGAGCCUGAGCACGGCCCUGUGUCUGACCCAGCUGCUGACAGUGCUAGCCCAGCACGCAGGAGCCAACCAGGCGGCCUUCAGAGCGCAGACAGCAUCCCUUGCCCGCGGGUUCUUGUGUCAGGAAUGGAUCAGCCCGAGCGGAGAGAGAGAGCGAGGGAACAAGCACAAUGACACACUGCAGUCCCUUCUCAGCAUUUACCUGAAGCAUGCUGAUGACGUGCUGAAGGCUGUGGAGGAGAUCGCAGGAGAGGGCGUCCCUGAGCUCAUCAGCGCCGCCAAAGACGCCUGCUCCAGAUCAUGGCCCACUCUCAACAGGCAGACCUUUCUGGUGUUCUACAGGACCAUGAUGGCCGAGCUGGAGAAGGCCGUACGCAGGAUCCCCCCUGGCAAGCAGCGUGAUGACACAGAGGUCCAGAGUGAGAAGUUGCUGACGUGGAACCUUGCUGUGAGAGACUUCCACGUCCUGAUCAACUUGGUCAAGGUGUUUGACAGCAGGCCGGUGCUCACGGCGUGCCUGAAGUAUGGGCGCCUCUUCCUGGAGUCUUUCCUGAAGUUGGGGAUGCCACUGCUUGAUUUCAGCUUCAAAAAGCACAAGGAGGAUGUACAGAGUUUGCUGAAGACCUUCCAGCUGAGCACCAGGCAGCUGCACCACAUGUGCGGCCACUCAAAGAUCCGACAGGACACGGGCCUCACCAACCAUGUUCCAGCGCUGAAGAAAGGCCUGGAGCAGUUUGUGUACCGGGUCAAAGCCAUGCUGACGCUCAACAACUGCCAGGAGGCUUUCUGGCUGGGCAACCUCAAGAACCGCGACCUGAAGGGAGAGGAGAUUCUGUCCCAGAGGUCAACACAGGACAGUGAGGCAGAGGAAGACGAAGAGGAUGAGCCGCAACAGCAGGAGCAGUCUGGAGAUGAGGAAAGCGACUCUGACGACAGGAAGAAUGACCACAACAGGGGGGAAGAAGAAGAGGAGGAAGUAACGGAUGACUCUGAUUAAGAAAAAGAAAAAACAUCUUUUCAUCACUACAUGUACAUUGCUGUUAAUGCACUCAUUCCCAUUGCACAUACAUGUUCCGUUAUGCAAUGCAUCCUUUUGUGCAAACAUAUCACUGUGGUCUUCCCGUUUGCCUAGAUGUUGAGGUAGUUACAGUUACUAUGUCAAAAUGUCCAAUAUCUUACUAAGCACAAAGCACUAAGCUGACUGUAGUUAAUGAAGUUACCAAAUGGGUGAUAUGGGAUAACUAAAGGAUAAUAAUAAUAAUUUCUGCAUUUGUUGAUACAAUCUGUAUGUUCAGAGGACAAAACUCAGACUUAACAUAUAUAUUCAGCAAGUCUAAAUGGAAGAUGCAACUUUAUGUAAACUUAUUGUUAUGAAUAUGUCUUCCCGUAUUGAUAUUCACUGUUUUCAUAAUCAAAUGGUAUGUUCGAUAAAUGGUACAUUUCGUUU